CUCCUCUGUAUCCUCCCAAAGGCUUAGCAAGAUGAAAACUCUCAUGGAGAAGGCUUUGGAGUGCAUUGUCCACAUUUUCCACCAAUAUGCCAUUCGGAACCCAAUGGACGACUACCUGCAGUUCAAGGAGUUCGAGAAGCUAUUGAAGGAAGAAGCCCGGCCUUUCUUGAAGGACACCCUACCUCCGGGUACGAACCAGGAUGCUUACAUCAAGAAGAUGUUUGAGAAAGCAGACAAGAACCGUGACGGGAAGCUGAAGUUCACUGAGUUCUUGACUGUGCUGGAGGCUGCUCUCAUAGAUGCUCACAACAGGUCCCACCUCCUGCCCGAGACGGGGCACUGAGUUAGCCAGGGCCCACCUGCAAGACAGCCACACUUCCAAUGGAUCCCUUUCUUGAGUCCAUCGUUGACGACCAUUCAUUCCCAUGGAUUGUAGGCACCCCUGCCUGGCUACGUCGCGGGUACUAGAAGACUUCAAAGUCUUGUCAUAAGAACAAUAAAAUAUAUUUAAUCGAGAA